GUCUAAAACCGUAAAUACAACAAUAUGCGAGUAAUAUUUUUGUUAUUCGGUGCCAUAUGUAUUUUAUGUCUCGAUUUUAGUGGAACGUUUGCCGACCAAAUAUUCAACCAGCAACCAGUGAAUCCUUUAAGUCGACGUAAAGCCGCUGUUAUCAAUGAAUAUUGGUGUUGGCGAGCAAAGUAUUGUCACUCUGAUGGGACUGAGGUUUGCGGCCGAGAUAGAAGGUCAAAAAAACAGAUAAAAUUCAACAGUUCCUGUGAUGUUUACAAGCAUAACUGCAAGUUUGAAUCUGACUUCACCGUAACGAAUCCGAAAAUCUGCAGAGGAUAUUAAAAUUCUUCAACCGUGUAAUUCACUUUUAAUUACAAAGAUUUGUCUUAUUACGAUGCUUUCAUUUCAAGAUAAACCUUUUUAUAAGUGAUCAUGUAUAGCUAUGUAAAAAUAUUCUCCGUGAUGACAUACUAUUUAUUCUCUUGCACUGCUUUGUCAAACCAUCCGCCCUUAGAUGACACUCCAGAACUACGUGAGAAAUUCGCUCAGUAUCACUGCUACAAACUGAAGACCUGCACUCCAGGUGGAGGUCCUGUCUGCGGAUUUGAUGACAAGCAAGUUUAUCUUGCUGAAUUCGAGGACAUGUGCACUUUACAUAAAGUAAAUUGUCAGAAGCGUGGAUUAUUCACGUACAUCGACAGUACGAUAUGUGAUGGUCAGAAGAAGUAUUAUUCGGAGCUAAAACCCGGUGAAAGUAUUUCCGUGCACUUAAACGACACUCAAAUAUAGUAUAUAAGGUGGCAUUAAGUUUUUCCUAUGAAACACAUUUUUUUUCACUCUAUAUUUCCAUAAAGACUGUUUGUUUCGAUUCCUCCAAAGUAUGGAUUAUUUCAAAUUAAUCUUUACUUCGUGAUACAUGACGAUGAAUUUUUAAGAGAAGCUAUAUUAUUACAAAAUUAUAAUUUAAAACAAAAUUUUUUGUACAAUCAUAAUAAGUAAUAUAUAUUUCAUACAUUUUUGUGAUUAAAC